AAUUCAACUCGAUGUCACGUGAGGACAAUGUUGGACCUCUUAUGCUGCACUUGAUUUCAACGCAUGCAUGACAUGCACCUCUCUACUCACUCAAUCUGAAAUAUCAUUCUCUAUACUCUCCGUAUAUAUGCACCGUAUGUAAAACCCUCAUCCAAUAAUAUAUCAUAACUAAAACGAAUUUACUCCCUCUAAUCAUAUUUCCAAAGAGGUGAUUAAAACUUCAAAUUCAAUAAUCCUCCAUCAAAAAACAACAACAAUUAUAAAUAUAGAAGAAGUAGAAAGACAAUUAACCACCGUUGAAGUUUAGAAGCUAUAACAACAACAAGAAUACUUGCCACAUUCUCUCUCUCCAAACCCGCCUCCCAAAUACUUCUUACGUGUUAGCAGCCAUCUCUCCCUUCCUCUCUCGUCCCACCACGUGUCAUCCUCACCCUAAAAUAAAAAUAAAAUAAAAAAGUCACUUUAUUUUUAAACCCCUUCUUCUUCUACCCCAUUAAAAACAACCCAAAAACAAAAACGCUUUCCUCCUUCCUUCCCUCCAUUGUUAUAUAUUCUCCCAUGCUUUUUAGAGAGAGAAACUCUUCAUUUUUUUUAGAGAGAGAAACCUUCCUUAACCUUCAUCAAUGGCGGACGAAAACCCACCAACCGACGAACCUCCCACCACCACCACAAAAACAACACCACCAACCGCCAUUGAUGAAGAUGACUUAGAGCUUAGCCUCUCUCUCCGCCCUCUCAAUGACUCCUCUUCUUCUCUACCUUCAUCUCACCUUCCUAAGAAUGUUCUGGAACCUUCCUUUGUUUCCGCUCCCAACGGUCAGAUCCUCUCGAAGCGUGACGCGCAAGCUCUCCGCCGCCAUGAAGCGAAGUUGAAGCGUGACUUGAAACGUAAAUCUUCCGCUAAAAACGACGUCGUUGUUGGUAAUCAUCAACAGGAGGAUUUUCUGGAUGAACGUCGUCGGAAACUUCUGAAUUUAGGGUUUCCGGGAGCGACGCCGCCAUGGUUAGGGUGGAAUGCUGGUGUUGUUAACGGCGGUGUUUGGCCGUGUCAAGGGCAAAAUGGUAAUUUCGGUUCUCAGAAUGACGGCGCCGGCGCCGGCGGUUCUAUGUCUAGCGGUAGCUCCUCUGGAAUUUCUGAUAAUUACCAGUGUAUUUCUGCCACAGGUGGAAAUAGCAGUGACGCUGGCAGUCAUUCAAGCCAUCCUCACUCGCCAUUGGCCCCCACAAAUGCUCCGGCAACUCGUACUACUGCGCAACUACAACCUUGUUCAUCACAACUAGAACUUCAAAUUAACUGUUCUAAUCAAAACCUCUCAAAACCCCCAUUGUGCAGCUCAUACUCUAACAAGAUUGAACUCGUCACGGGCUCAAGACAACUCUCUAAGUCACCAGAAAAACUGAAUAUGACUUGCCAACAAAAUGAAGCGCGACCUAACAUUGAUGAUACAUUGUCAGAUGGUCAUAACAAAACUCUUCAAACCACAAUCCCCAAAGAAGCCAAAGGUGAAAUUGGGAAGCCUCCAAAACCCGUUGGGCUAAUAGACCAGCAGAAACUAUUGUUUUCUCAAAUGCCUUGUGUUUCAACCACUGGAAAUGGACCCAAUGGAAAGACAUUAACCGGGUUUUUGUAUAAAUAUUCAAAAACUGAAGUGAGCAUUAUAUGUGUUUGCCAUGGAGCAUCAUUCUCCCCAGCUGGUUUCGUGGAGCAUGCUGGAGGUGUAGAUGUAGAAUACCCUCUCAAGCAUAUUAGAGUGGUUCCUUUUGCCCUUGAGCUAACCUAAUGAGCUGUUGAGUAUUGCUAAAUUGGAGGAAGAUUGAGAUCGGAAGACUCCUGUUAGUUUUUUUAAGUAGUGCAGGCAACCUUUCUUUAUGUAGCAUUACAGGGUAUAGAUAGGAAAUUCUUUGUUCUGAAGGUUGAACUUUUUUAUAUCUAACUGAAUUAGUUCAUUGGAUGUUAAUUAUAAUAUUAUACUUUUGUGUAAUGUUUAUCAUGAAUUCAAUUCAGCUUGCCUAAUUAGCCAGUUUAAA